CCGGUUUGUGGUUCUCUAGGUGUUUGUUUGUGUAUAAAUUCAGUGUUAUAAAGUGUUUGUUUGUGUAUAAAUUCAGUCUCAGAGGAACUUUACGCGCUUUGUGAUUUUCUUUCUUCUCUUCAUGACUGAGUUUUAGAUCCCAACGCAACUGAAGCUGCUAUUUUAGAGGGUUUUUUAAAUUGUUAUUUAAACUCCAAAUAAUUAAUUUUAAGUAUGCAGCUGUAAACCCUUUAAAAGGUUACUGUAGUGUAACUGUGUGUAACUCACAAACUAAAUGUGUUUUUAUUUAUUUAUUUAUUUAUUUAUUUACAUGCAUGUAAACUUUGCACAUUAACCUUAGUUCCUCUAGAUCCUGCACAGUCACGUGAUUUCCUCAUGAUCAUUAAACUUCAGGCAAAUGAAAGAUAGAUUAGAUCUGACUUCUGAUAUAAUAUUGUGUUAAAUCAUUAAAUAUUCUGUGAUUAAUCAUCAAAAUAACACCAACACAUCUAAUAUUUCACUCCUUUGUAUGCUGUUUAUAGAUGCAGGUCAGGAUUUUGUGUUUGGGAAUUUUUAAUAUUAAUAAUAAGAAGAAUUUUUAAAACCCUGGAUAUUCUAGAUAUUGAAAUAUUCUGCUGUAUAAAUAUACAACAUUUUAUAGUAGAUUACUGCAUAUCAUUCUGAAACGGUUUUGUAAUUUAGAGAAAAACGCUCUGCUCUCAAAAUGGACAUGUUUUUGUGUUGUGUUUCCAGUUGUGUAUUUUUGUGUUUUAAAAGCUACUUUAAUCAUCCGAGAAAAGAAACAGAUGUCACGUCUAUGUUCUACACGUGCCUCUGUAAUAAAAUAUGAAGGUUCCACUUCGUCCUCAUGAGGAAGAGUGACUUCCUGCAGGAACUCUGUAUCUGUGGUGUGUGUGUGUGUGUGUGUGUGUGUGUGUAAAUCAUGGGCCGGCUGGAUGGAAAAGUGAUCGUGUUGUCUGCGGCUGCGCAGGGAAUCGGCCGAGCUGCCGCUCUGGCUUUUGCUAAAGAAGGAGCUCAGGUCAUUGCUACGGACCUGAACGGUGAGAAACUGAAAGAACUGGACGGGACUCCAGGAAUCAGGACUCAGGUGCUGGAUGUGACUAAAAAGGAGCAGGUGGAGGCUCUGGCUAAAGAGUUGGAGCGAGUUGACGUGCUGUUUAACAUAGCGGGGUUUGUUCAUCAUGGUACGGUCCUGGACUGUGAGGAGUCGGACUGGGACUUUACCAUGAACCUGAACGUACGCAGCAUGUACCUGAUGAUCAGAGCUUUCCUGCCCCAGAUGUUGGCUCGCAGGUCUGGGAACAUCAUUAAUAUGGCAUCUGUGGCGUCAAGCAUCAAAGGUGUCGUGAACAGGUGUGUGUACAGCACGUCUAAAGCAGCAGUGAUCGGUCUCACCAAGUCUGUAGCUGCAGAUUUCCUCGAGCAGGGGAUUCGCUGUAACUGCAUCUGCCCCGGAACUGUAGACACUCCGUCACUCAGAGAGCGAAUCCAGUCCAGACCGGAUCCUGAACAGGCGUUUAAAGACUUCAUGGCAAGGCAGAAGAUCGGCAGGAUGUGCACUGCGGAGGAAGUGGCUCAUCUGUGUGUUUAUCUCGCCUCCGAUGAGUCGGGGUACGUGACCGGAGCCGAACACGUCAUCGAUGGAGGAUGGAGUCUGUGAUUAUUUCACACUGUAAUGGAUAAAUAACCUGUGAUGUGUUCCUGUCAUUGCAAUGAAUUAAAACACAUCACGUUGGUCCGUUUUGAAUUAAAUCAUUAAUCAAAUAAAAGACAUAAAAGAGGGUAAAGCACUAAUGAUUAUGGUUCAAUCUUGUGAUUAUUUUAUUAUUAUUUUUUAGGCCCAUUCAUUUUUGAAUGAAAGGGUGUCAAUAAUUAUUAUUUCUCACUCAAAAGGUAUCAAAAUGUCUCCCAAUCCGAAUGUGAGGAACCUUAGUCUUGUCUGGUGAUGUUUCUAAUAAAUUUUUACAAAUGUAAA